UAUCCUACAAUCGAAUACAACCCAGUUAUCGAACACUGCCGAGUUGUCAUUGGGGCAAGUUCACUGAAGACACCAUGACAAACCUUGUUGGAAACUGGCGGCUUGAAACAAAUGAGAACAUUGACCAAUAUAUGAAAACUAUCGGCGUGGGUUUCUUUCUUAGAAAACUGGCAAAUAAAAUAACCAGCUAUGAGGAAAUAAAACAAGAUGGCGAAUUCUGGGAAAUCCAUUUCACUUCUACGUUCAAAAAUGACGUAAUACGGUUCAAGCUGGGCGAAUUGUUUGAGGAGGAAACCAUGGAUGGAAAGACGGUCAAGACGGUAAUGUCGGUGGAUGGCGGAAAGUUGAUUCAGUAUCAGAACGGCGUGAAGGAAGGUGACUUGGAUCGGGAGGCUGUUCGGGAACUACAGGAUGAGGACACGAUGACUGUGACGUUCACUGCUGUAGGAACAGGUAUAUCAGCGAAACGGAUUUUCAAACGUUACACCAAAUGAUUUCGGAAAUUCGAAUUUUGCAUUCAUUCGCACACGUAUCAUGGCGGACUGGAGAUGGGGGUGGGGAGAGAAGAAAGAAAUAACGAAAAACAGUUGAGGGAUAAUCGUGAGAAUUGGAGGAUGUAGGCCAUAUUUCAUUCCAUCUGCCCUGGUCAAAACGUUCUGGGUCGUGAUUUUGUGAUCAAGUAAAAAAGGGUGGGGUGAAGCAUAUUAUACGACACUAUUUUUCCUGUACAUUUUGAGGUCAAUAUAUCCGUAAGAUGUAUAAUACGCAAUUCCGCACAAUACGACACUAACUAUUACAUUUUUAGUGAUAUAUAAAGCCACUUAGUAGAUAUAUGGUUUUUACUUAUAGAAUUUUUUACAAAUAUUUUAUUGGCAUAAUGUUAUACAUGCGUAACAGCUAAUCCAUUAGUGACAUCGAAUGCUGGUUGGCCUGUCUCGCAUAUUACUAGUAUUUACUUUCCGUGGAUUUCCACUUCCAGGGCCGUACUUUGCUUAACAUAAGUGUGGUGACAGCACAAGAAAGAAUCAGGGUACAAUAUUACAGGGUCUUCUCGGGGUGUACAAAAAGGGGGCACUUAUAAACUUAAAAAUGGCUUCUUUUUUUGUUUUGUUUUGUGUAUGUGUAGUGUUCAACCAUUACAUCUACACCACUGUUAGAUCCUGCCGUGAUUUCAAGAUCCACGAAAGGGAGUGCGUAUUAUACAUAUAAAUUAUAAAAGAGGGCGUGUAUGUAUACCAGGGGCCUAGACUGGGGGGCGGGGUAUCUGAGAUUUUGAACGUCACCCCCACCCCCCACACCCGCUGAAGCUAAAACAUUUUUUUUACAGUGCAAAUUAGGCUAUUCAUAUAGGUAUCAAGUGUAGACAAAAGUGUCUGCUAGGUUCAUAUUCGAACACUCCUAGGUACAGACUACGCUUCGCCCCUGAUUAAGCGGCGUUAAGGACUUGGACAUUUGAAAGAGGUGCAUCUGUUCUUUUUAACACAUUGUUUGAAAUGUCCAGUACAGUACAUUUAUAACUUCACACCUUUUUUGUAUUUGCUAUCUUGGUGUCGCUGGAAUGGAUUGAUAUGCCAAACAUUCCAUUCAUCGAUAGGAAAUGAGAUUGUUUUUAAAGGGACUGUCCUGUGUUUCCUGCGGUUGUAUUACAGUUAUUGUCGUCUUUACUGCUAUUGAAGGCAAAGUAGGUUUACGUUAACAUGCAAUACUGACAAAUUAAUUUAUAUUAGCGACCUAGUAGCAGCUGACAUACAGUUUUACAAGAUAUAUUCGCUGCACAAGACUUUUUUCUUUUCUUUUUUGAUGUUUGCUUUUAGCAGUAAAAAAGAGGAACUUUUUUGUUGCUUUUCACCGGAUCAACUGAAUAAAUUUUAAGAUGCCUCCCCCCCCCAAAAAAAAAGAAAAAGAAAAAAAGCUCAAACAAUUUUUUUUUUUAAAUGUUUUAUUUAACAAUAAAACUAGAUCACAUUGAUUAAUUAAUCAUUGGCUAUUGCAUGUCAAACAUUUGGUAAUUCUGACAGUCUUCACAGGAACCCAGGCGCGUGUGAAGUGGAGGGUUUCUGCGUGUCAAAAUGUCUUCCAGUGCAGGGGGAGGGUUUUGGGGGUCGAAACUUCUCCCUGUUUAAACAUCGAUACAUAUAUUCAAUAUAUUUUCCCCAAGGAGUGUGUCUCUCGAGUUCUCUAUAACAUUCGCCCGCUACUAUCUAGACUCAUCCCUACUACAAUUCCUGCACAAGUCUGCUAUAUUUUCCCCAUUAGCAGCAAGGGUUGUUUUAUAUGCACUGCACAGCCUUUGAUGUACCAGUCAAGGGACACUACAUGUUUUAGACCAGUUGAUCCAUUUCAACAACUACAACGACAACUUCAUUUUCUUGUUUAAGAGUAUUAGUGUGUGUUUCUAGUCGUCCUAAUGUUUUAACAGCUCAAAUUGUACUUCACUUUCAGUCAUAUUCACACGUAGGUAUGUAAGUACAUGUAUGUAUUUUAUUUUGGGAAAGCCACACAAUCACACACCCCCCCCCCCCCCCCACACACACACACUCCAAACUAGGAAGUCCUGUUACAACUGUAAGACAAGCUAAUAAACAAGGUGGGUAAAUGUGAUUGGAGGGCGCCCCUGGCCCCGCCAGUGAAAUCCAGGACAAUCUCUUUAACAAUAAGAACUGUUGUGUGAAUAUUUUUAAUAUUAAAUGUCUUGUCUUUGUGAACACGAAAUACUGUUAUUUUCUUUUAUACAUGAUACUUGUAAUACUGAUAUGCUAUGAAAUAAAAUUAACACAUUU